AAUAAUCAUUACAAUUCUCUGGGUAAAAUCAAUUACGUGUCGUGUCGUUUACCUGAGUCACACAGAGUGGAAACCCUAACCGGCAAUACAUUCAGUAGUGAAUGAGUAACUAGCAUUGACGAAUGAGUCAAUAAUGUGGCAGAUAAUGGGCUAAGAUAAGGAACAGGUUGAUAUUUGACAUUAUACUAUUCGUGAACAUUGUCCUGUUUUGUGCACUACCGUCAGUUCAACAAGUGCUCGUAAUAUUUAUUGCUCAGUCAACAUGUACUUACUAACUAUUUAAUUUACUAGCAUAACUGGAAUUAAAAGUGGAAAAUAAAUUUCUCCGGCAGUGAAAUUAUAGUGCAUCGUUGCAUCACCGAGUGCAAGAAUUUUGCAAGUCGCUAGCUUUAAAAAUGGCUGAGAUAUGUCGGAACGGCAUGAUUUUUUGGCCUUGUAUACGCUGGAAUCUUUAGGUGAAGUUUUUAGUUAAGGUGCCCUCAAUUUACAUACAAAGGUUGUGAUCUUUUAAGCGGUUCCUAUUUGUAUUUGAGAUCAAUAUUUUUAAAAAUUAACUUAAAUUCAUGGUUGUAUGUACUUCUGUUAUAAGGAGGAAAUGGCAAUGUCCAAAUUUUCGAGGUGGAGAAAAAAACCAGUCAUCCUUUUCAUAUUGCUUCUUUUCACCAGUGUUUUAGUAUAUAUUUUGAUAUAUGCUGCCACCAAGGAGAACGUCGAUACUAUUCGUGACAAUAAAAAAGACAUUAAUAUCAAAUUGGAUCCAGAAAUUGCUCAAAUUUUACGGGACACGCCAUAUUUAUGGAGAAAGUUUAACCUGACGGAGAAUGAUACUGCACUACACCGCGUCCAAGCGCAGCAACGAUGGGUCAAGGAACUCUCAAAAUCCAAGUAUCUUUCAGAACAGAAAAAAAAAGUAAUGUGGCUGGAAGCACACGCCUCUCUCUUUUACUGGACCGAGGGAAGAGUCCAAUGUCCUUAUGCUCCCAAGUUUGAAGAGAAAUGCGAACUGAAAAAAAUGUCGUUUUUAAGAAGAAUGUUGGGACCGUAUUUCAAAUUCAUUGGAAUAUCUGGAGACGCUUUAAUCAGCGUGAGAAAUUGGGAAUCAUAUGGAACUUACAAAAUUCCGGGAAACAUGGUGCAAAUAAUGCAAAUUUUAGAACCACCAAAUAUCGCAAAGGAUGCAAAUCUUGGCUUAAAUAACGCCGUUUUAGCCUCGUACUGGCGAGGUUCGGACAUUCCGACGCCUUACUUUCUUUCCAUUCCGAAUAAUUCCUCCGAAUUCAAGCCACCUCCGAGUGAAGCGGUUGCAAAGUUGGCGUCCAAAACUAAAAUGGUUGCGGCCAUCGUGUCAAAUUGUGAUAGUUCUGAUCGACUCGAGUACAUUCGCGAAUUGCAGAAAUUCGUGGGAGUCGAUGUGUUCGGAAAGUGUGGAACUUUCUCCUGUCCAAAAUCUGAGAAUGACGCGUGUCUCAGAAAAAUUGAAGCAGAGUACAAAUUUUUCUUAUCCUUUGAGAACUCGAGAUGUGAAGAUUACAUUACGGAAAAGCUAUUUGAUAACGUCCUACAGUGGUACAUUGUCCCCAUUGUGCGAGGCGGUCGCCCCUCGGAUUACUCUUCAGCCGCACCCACCAACUCGUUCAUCCACGUCGAUAGUUUCCCCUCACCUGAGAAACUUGCUUCACAUCUCAAAUUUCUGGACAAAAAUGAUGACGCUUAUCUAAAAUAUUUCGAGUACAAGGGUUCAAGCUACAUUUCGCUGGAACACUUUCAGGAUUUCUUCUGCAGGGCGUGUGCUAUGUUAUUUUACAGGGAUUUUGUGCCAAAUCCAGUCUGGAGCUCUCCCGAUAUUGAGUGGAAAGAUGUUAAUCAUUGUCUCCUUCCAGAUGAGGCUCGAUGGAAUAAUGUGUAAUUUUAUGAAGUACGUCUUAUGUUGUCGUUUUGUAUCUUCCGAACCCUCAAAAUAAUCAAACGCCGUUUUCGCCAUUGUGCUUUUAAUUGUUUACCCUCGGUCAAGUUCGAAAUUGGCGUCCAUGCGGUUGAGGUCAAGUUGUGAAGUCAAACACCGAAUGAAUUUGACUUUAAUUUUCGUAUGCGAUGUAAUUUUAACGAAAUCUGACCAUAAAUUCAACGCCGUCAGUAUUUUUGACCUCCAAGUAUGAUGUCAUUACAAAGGAAAUUUAAAUCGCUUUGACUCUAUUUUUUUGUGUUCAUUUUACA